UGAGAUAAAACCGCUUCCAAAACAAUGGAGGAGUAUAUCGAUCUGUCCGGCGAUGGAGGCGUACAGAAGCGCAUCCUACAGGAAGGUACCGGCGACGAGACGCCAUCGAAAGGCUGUUCCGUGUCACUGCACUACACCGGCACACUCGAUGCCGAUGGCAAGAAGUUCGACUCGAGCCGGGACCGAAACGAACCGUUCCAGUUCGAUCUUGGUACCGGUGGGGUGAUCAAAGCGUUCGACCUUGGCGUUGCCUCGAUGAAGCUGGGCGAACGGUGCAUCCUGAAGUGUGCACCCAAGUACGCGUACGGCAGUUCCGGCAGCCCGCCGAACAUACCACCGAAUGCGACGCUUAACUUUGAGCUGGAAAUACUCGGCUGGAAGGGUGCCGACCUAAGCCCCAAAUCGGACGGUGGCAUCGAGCGAUUCAUACUCCGGCCGGGCACUAGCCGGAAGCAUCCGAAGAGUGGCGAUUUGGUUAAGAUUCAUCUGGUUGGACGCUAUGAGGGUCGCGUGUUUGAGGAACGGGAUGUGGAGUUUUGCAUGGACGAGGGCAAAGAGUUUGGUGUGGUGACGGGCGUCGAGGUGGCACUGGAAAGAUUCAGCAAAACGGAAAUGAGCCGGUUGGUGCUGAAACCGGCGUAUGCCUUUGGUGCGGAAGGUAACGGCGAGCUCGGCAUUCCGCCGAACGCCACGGUCGAGUAUACAGUCACGUUGAACGAUUUCGAAGUGCUCGCGAAUCGAUCGAUGAUGACACAGGAAGAAAAGACUGCACAGGCGAAACUGUUGCGCGAAAAAGCGACCAAGUACCUGAAGGAGGACAAAUACGAGCUGGCGCUAAAGCUGUACAACAGUGCGCUGUCGUACUUGACCGAUCAGUCGAGCGAGGCGGAAGCAAUGAAGUUGGCCAUAUACCUCAACAAAAUUCUGUGCCACCAAAAGACGAAUGCCCACGAUGAGGCAAAGCUUGCGUGCGCUGAAGCAUUGAAAGUGGACAGCAAAAACGUGAAAGCGCUCUACAGGCGAGGCAUGUCCAAUCUGGCAUUGGAAGACUUAGAUAAAGCCUUGCAGGACUUUAAUGCUGUUUUGGAAAUUGAGCCACAAAACAAAGCAGCCCUUAAUCAGGUGACGAUCUGCAAGCACAAGAUCAAAGCCUACAACGACCAGCAGAAGAAGGUGUUUGCGAACAUGUUUACGAAGUUUGCGCAGAGCGAUUCGAAGAAAGCACAGGAGGAACAGAGCCGCCAGCCAGAUGUGAUGAAGCAAAAGUUUGGCGAGUGGGGUGACGACGAACGCGAGCACGAACCGACACGCUUCGAGCAGGAAAAUCCGGACGUCAUCAUGCUGAACGAUUUGCACAAGCAGUUCCGCAACAUGUGAGCUGCUGGAGGCGAACGUCGCCAAUAGCAACAGGGGAAU